CACACCCAUCUUUCUCGUCGACGUCGUCGCCAACGUUCCGCUCCAUGUCGUCCCUCGCUUCAGCCCCGGCGUUCAAGCCCUUCAACCUCGCCUUGAUCCAGCUUGGAGGCGUCGGCCCCAACAAAUCUGAGAACCUCAAGCAUGCUCGCGAGAUGAUCCUCAAUGCUGCCAACGGAAACUCGGGAGUAAAACCAGACCUGAUCGUGUUACCCGAAUGCUUCAACUCGCCGUACGGCCACGCUCACUUUCCCGUAUACGCCGAGACCAUCGGCUUUCGCCAUGACAAGCCAUACGAUGUAGCGAGCAGCCCAAGUGAGAGCGUCAAGAUGCUCUCUGACGCUGCAAAAGAAACCGGUGUUUGGGUGGUUGGAGGCUCUAUCCCUGAACGCGAUCCUUCUGACGACAAGUUCUACAACACUUGCACCGUCUACUCCCCCCAAGGCAAAUUGGUCGCGAUGCACCGUAAGGUGCAUCUAUUCGAUAUUGAUAUUCCAGGCAAAAUCACAUUCAAAGAAAGCGAAACAUUGACCGGAGGGAACACAACAAACUUUUUCGAUACAGACUUCGCUCGUGUCGGUCUGGGUAUUUGCUAUGACGUACGAUUCCCCGAGCUAUCCAUGAUCGCAGCACGGCAAGGCUGCCACGUGAUGAUCUAUCCUGGAGCGUUCAAUCUCACAACAGGACCUAUGCACUGGAAGCUUCUACAACAAGCACGUGCCGUGGAUAAUCAAGUAUUCUUCUCAAUGUGUAGUCCAGCCCGAGAUAUGAGUGCUGGGUAUCAUGCUUGGGGCCAUUCGAUGGUGGUUGAUCCUUAUGGUACGGUCCUCGUCGAAGCUGAAGAAGGUGAAACUAUAUUACACACACAUAUUGAUCCCAAGCCACUCCACGACGCAAGACAAGGCAUACCAGUGACCACCCAGAGACGAUUCGAUGUAUAUCCGGACGUUAGCAAAUGAUGAUGCCGACUUGGUAAUGUAAACAUAUCACAUUGUAGAGAACGAACAGGGAUCCGAGAGAUAGUACUAAAGGAGAUGUUGUACAAGUACACAGAUAGC